AUGGGCACUGAACCUCUUCCGUCCCAGGCCCAGCCAGCCCCAGGGACGGCCAUGCAGCACUCCAUACUUCAGCAAGCAGAAGCUGCUGUUGCCGCCCAAGCGGAUCCCGCGGGGCCUACGGGACACGAAACCCUCCUACAGGAGACGGAUCUCUUCACUCUCGAUGCGAACCAGGGCGACCUGCCUCCUCCUGCCUACGGCGACACCUAUGGCGAGAUUCGCAGCGAAAAAGACGGCCUGGGCACCAGCGGCUGCGUCACCGACGACGGCCGUGUAAACAUCCGCAUCAAUCAGGUUAACAGGCGUCUGUCCCAGAUUUUCAGUCCGGCUUUGCGUCGACAGAUCCAGGCCGUCCAAGACGAUCGCCCACCGCCUUCUCGUCCUCCCCCCUACGUCCCUCCGUUCUUGGGAGGAGGCAAAGCAGGAGCUGCUCCGGCGCCGCCACCCUUGAAUGUUGUCAUCCAAGUCGUGGGCUCGCGUGGAGACGUGCAGCCCUUCAUUGCCUUGGGCAAGGUCCUGAAGGGCACAUACGGCCAUCGCGUGCGUCUGGCUACCCAUCCCAUCUUCAGGGACUUUGUGCGGGAGCAUGGCCUCGAGUUUUUCAGCAUCGGCGGCGACCCCUCCCGGCUCAUGGCCUUUAUGGUCAAGAACCCUAGCCUGGUGCCAGGUCUACGCAGUCUGAUGAGCGGAGACAUCAGCCAGAGAAGAAGAGAUGUCGCCGAGUACAUUCAAGGUUGCUGGCGGUCAUGCUACCAAGCGGGUGAUGGAAUGGGUUCAUGUUCUGACCCUGGCGAGGUUAAUGGUCGUUCCGAGUCAGCAGCAAGGCCCUUCGUCGCCGACUGCAUCAUCGCGAAUCCUCCGAGCUUUGCCCACAUCCAUUGCGCAGAGAAGCUGGGCAUCCCUCUGCACAUCAUGUUCACCAUGCCGUAUUCUCCAAGCCAGGACUUCCCCCACCCGCUGGUCAACAUCCAAUCCUCCAACGAGGACCCUCAAAUCACCAACUACAUCAGCUAUGCCAUGGUCGAGCUCCUCUUAUGGCAGGGCAUAGGAGACAUCAUCAACCGGUUUCGCGCCAAGUGUCUCGGCUUGGAUCCAGUGAGUACGAUUUGGGGCCCCGGCAUGCUCCAGCGCCUCAAAGUCCCUCACACCUACUGCUGGUCACCGGCCCUGCUGCCCAAACCGAAAGACUGGGCCCCUCAUAUUUCCAUCUCCGGGUACUACUUCCUCGAUUCCGCCCCUGACUACACGCCUGCUCCGGAACUCCAGGCCUUUCUCGAUGCCGGUCCACCCCCCGUCUACAUAGGGUUCGGGAGCAUCGUUUUGGACGACCCCAAUGCCAUGACGGAACUCAUCUUCGAGGCCGUGAGGAAGACUGGCCGGCGUGUCCUCCUUUCUAAAGGCUGGGGCGGAUUAGGCGCGGACGAGCUACCAAUCCCCGACGGCGUCUUCCUGCUAGGCAACGUAUCGCACGACUGGCUGUUUAAGCACGUCUCCUGCGUCAUCCACCACGGUGGAGCAGGAACCACGGCGGCAGGCAUCGCCGCAGGCCGGCCGACCUUGAUAAUCCCCUUCUUUGGAGAUCAGCCCUUUUGGGGCGACGUGGUUGCGCGAUCGGGCGCCGGCCCCGAUCCGAUCCCUCACAAACAGCUCACGGCCGACAAGCUAGCCGAUGCCAUCAGCUUUCUCCUCAAACCUGAAACCCUGGAACGAGCCCAGGAACUCGCAAGCCAGAUCGCGGCCGAGCGAGGCACCGACAUGGGCGCGCAGUCUUUCCAUCACCAUCUCGACGUUGAUCGACUCCGCUGCGCCCUUGCGCCAUCACGACCAGCGGCGUGGCGCGUCAAGCGCACGCAGGUCACGUUGAGCGCGUUCGCUGCAUGUGCUCUGGCGAAUGCAAAUCUCUUGGACUUUCACGACUUGAAGCUCUUUCGGUCUAGAGAGUAUUAUACCGACGAAGGCCCAUGGGAUCCGAUAUCCGGGGGCUUUACUGCCUUUGCGGGCGCGGUCGGCGAUGCCGGCUGGGCGUAG